GUGGCGGCCAUCUUGGCAGUGGAGCGAUGAGCGGGUCGAACCCGAAGGCUGCGACGGCGGGGCCGGCGCCUGGGCCCGGCGGACUGGUGGCUGGCAAGGAGGAGAAGAAGAAGGCGGGAGGCGGCGUUCUGAACCGGCUUAAGGCGCGGCGGCAGGCGCCCCCACACUCGGCCGACGACGGCACCGGGGCUGCGGUCACGGAGCAGGAGCUGCUGGCGCUGGACACCAUCCGCCCUGAGCACGUCCUGCGCCUCAACCGGGUCACCGAGAAUUACCUGUGCAAACCUGAAGACAAUGUCUACAGUAUUGACUUUACCCGCUUCAAAAUUCGAGAUUUGGAGACAGGGACGGUGCUCUUUGAGAUUGCCAAGCCUUGCAUCUCAGAGCAAGAGCAGGAUGCCGAGGAGGAGAGUGUCGACGUGGAUAUCAGUGUAGGGCGUUUCGUUCGCUAUCAGUUCACACCAGCCUUUCUCCGCCUCCGGACAGUUGGUGCCACGGUAGAGUUUACAGUGGGGGACAGACCUGUGACAAACUUCCGGAUGAUUGAACGGCACUACUUCCGGGAGCGUUUGCUGAAAAACUUUGACUUUGAUUUUGGCUUCUGCAUCCCCAGCAGUAGAAACACGUGCGAACACAUCUAUGAGUUCCCGCAGCUCUCUGAGGAUGUCAUUCGUCUGAUGAUUGAAAACCCAUAUGAGACGCGGUCGGACAGCUUCUACUUUGUCGACAACAAGCUGAUAAUGCACAACAAGGCUGACUAUGCCUAUAACGGAGGCCAGUAACCACCACAGGAGUGGACAGGGACGGUCCUUUGCUGCCACCACGAGGCACAUGGGGGAAUUGCAGCUACUGCUUGUCAACACCCUUUGAACCUGGUCCAGGAAGCUGCAACUGGGGUGGUGGCUUGUGCUCCAAGGAAGUGCCGGCCAGCAGUUUCUUGUAUGUUUUCCCCUGCCCCCUAGUUUGCAGAGGUAUUAUAGUGAAGUAAAAGAUUAGGAUAAGGUUCCUGGGAUCCAGAUAAAAGUGUUUAUUUCUGUGUAGUCUUUGCUAUGCACUGGUUGUCCCGACAAGCCCGACUAUCCAGGCACAGCUGUGUUAGUGAGAAGGCUUAGGCAGAGCCAACCUGCAGCUUUCUGGGUGCUGUGGGCAGCUGAAAGAGCUUGUUUCCUCCUCCCCACGGUAUUGCAUUGGAGCAGUCUGCCCUCAGCCUACACAGUCUGAAGCUGACUGGAAGAGACUUAUAGCGAGGGAGGGCAGAGACCAGGGCUGAGGCACUGGGUUGGAGGUGAUGCCAGACUGAAAGACAAGGUUUUGAGGACCCACAGCCAGUCCUGGGGGAGACCAUGGUGGUGCCUGUCUUUCCUUACUCUGGAGGCUGGCCACAUGAGCCUGCUCUGCCCCCUGGCCAUGACUUUUCCUGCAGUAGACCACGUCAGUUUUGUUCACGGAACAUAGUGUCUCUUGAUUUCAGUGCAGGGCGGUCGUGCUCUGGGCUCUUUGUUCUCAGACUUCUUUGGGGAGUUCUCACACAGUGUUGGUGUGCUAGCACCUGCGAUACGGUGGAUCUCUGCUAACAUGGAUUGGCUCCCAGGCUAAGCUGGCUCAUGGUGGGAAAGGCAUGGUUGCAGCCCGGCUGGUGCUUUAGAGAAACAUUACUGCUUAGGAGUGUUUUCCUGCCUGCCUUUCUACUGAAGUUGUUCUGGAGCCAUCUGGCGGAUGGUCUUGAGUAGUGCGUAUUCUGAUGCCUGCUUCAGGCUGCUGGGUGUCUGAGUAUUGGAAAGGGCAGCGUAGGCUGAGGCUGCCUGCCAGAGCACUGUGUUCUUAGCUUCCUGCACUUGUCAUGGGCGUAAGGUGACCUCAGGUCCUUUCUGACUCGCACCUCUUUGGCUCCCCAGGUUGGAGCUUUAGGACUGUGCUGUGGCUCAGGUCCAUCAGCAUUGGCGGAAGUGUCAGUAGUAAGGAGCAGAGGUACAGAAAUGUCCCUGAGCUAUGACAUCACCUGUGAUGAGAGCAGGCUCCCAGAGUGCUCUCUGAGAAGAAGGGCACACUUCGCCCAGUGUGUCUCUGUAUUUGGCUUCUAGAGCAUUAGUAGCCUUGGAUUUUGGUCCUGUGUUUUACAUCUGGCCAGCAACUAACAUGCCAUGUACUGAAAGUUUCCAGAAUGAGGAAGUCAUUUACCCUCCAUGCUGCACUGGGUUCACCCCCUGAGAUGGGAGAGCCCGGGUGCCCUCUGGGCGGGCACCUCCUACCAUUCUAGAAUCUCAGAGCUGGAGUCCUCCAGAUCCAGGUGCCUUAGUGCCUCUGCCCAUGCACUGCAGGGGAGCUGCUAUCCAUCUUUCUCUCCUACCCGCGUGCAGACAUGAGCGGUCUCUGUACCUUUCCCUAGGUGGCCCCUCUGAUGCUCUUGACAAGGUUCCUCCUGGCUCUGUUACAGUCUGAUGAGGAGAGAUUUGGUUUCCAGUGUUUAACUAAACACUACCUAGGAUGAGCUCCCUGGAGCUGCAUGUUGUGUGCUCAGUGGAGCCCAGCCUGGGCUGUUCCUGUAUUCUGGCACACUGUUUCUUGCCUGUAGUUCUUGCUUUUGCUUGAAGGGCCCCAGAGGAUGGAGGAGCUGGGCACACUGGCUUGAACAGGACUGCAUCCCCCUUCCAGUUAGUCCUGGUCACAUUGAAGACCACACUGAGGCCAGGGCUUGGUCGUUGUUGGCAGGAUGAACUGGUCUUCCAUUGCUGCUGAAGGCCAGUGGUCUGUAUCUGGCUUCUUAGGGAAGUGUCUUGCUGUUUUCAAUGAGUUUGAAAUUUUGCCUUUUGUAUCUGACCUAUGUGAACUGGAAUUCAUACUUUGUAGUAAUGCGCAGAAGCCGAGUCAGAAGUCACGUUGUUCAGGAAUCCAGCCAUCCAUAGUGGCUUCCUGGGAUGCAGCAGGAGGGAAACAGGACUCCAGUGUGAGGAGGCCGAGUCCUGUGUCAAGAGCGGGAGUCUGAGCAGAAGGCAGCUCCUAGGAGGACCUCACCCCAGCAACCAGGCAGAACCCUUCCUUUCUGCUAUGAGGCAGGACAUUGCUUGUUCUCCGUCCCUGUCCUCUGCCUUGGGGCUAAGCUGCCCUCGAUCUGCUUUUAUUUUGUUCUAAACCAUAAGCAUAGGAGUAAAGCUGGCCAGUACCUGAGGCUGAGAUCAACUGCUGUCUCCAGUUAGCUCUGCGCUGUCUUGCACAGACUUUCUGAAGCUUCUCCAGGCCUUGGGUAUUUCCUGUUACAGCAUCUGGGACUGACCAUAGACUCAGAUUCUGAAAAUGUCCACAUUCCAUGCCCAGAGCAUCAUAGCUACCGGGGGGGGGGGGGGUGAGGGGUGCCCCCACCUUGUUUCACAGAGGAUCAUGUGAUGUCAUCAGAGUUGUGAAAGUCUGUUUUCUCUGUAAAUCUGUUUCUCACAGAAUGUGAGAAACACCUCUGUCCUCCUUCCCCUUCACCCAAGAUCCUCAUUCCAGAACAAACCAAGUGACUUUAUUUGUAUAAGAUGUUAUUUUACCAUAAGAGACAGUAAUAAAGAUUU